AUGAGUUUUCUUUCUAAGCUUUCUCAAUUAAAGAAGGCAUCCACAACCAAUACGUCCAUGAAAAACACUUCUAAGGAAUCAAUACCUAGGAAAAAAUCAAUAGAAGAGGACAUCCCUUCGUUAUUACCCACAAACUAUAUUCGAGAUGAAGACCCAGCAGUAAGAAGGUUGAAAGAAUUGAGGAGAAAGGAACAAAUAAAAAAUGGCGAGUUUGCUAAGAAACAUAAGAAGACAAAUCCAAGCACGACUACAAAGAGAAAAAGUAAAAAGGAUGAUGACAAUUUAGCAGCAGAUGGAUACUCACGUUUCAAGAAGAAACUUGGGAGCACUCAUACAAGACCUACGCCAGUGAGAACCCUCACAAGAAAGAUGGAACCAAUAAAGAAGAUAUCAUUUGAUGAGUUAAUGAAGCAAGCUGAGAACAAUGCAUCGAGUAAAGAAUCAUCGGAAGGAAUAUCAAAGAAGGAAUCCCCAUCUGCUUCACGACCUCAUUUACAUAAACCUGGUUUUAGAAGUGCAAGAGAUAGAAAUAGAGUUUCGAAACCUGUCAAACACCAAACUACUUUGCCAAGGAAAAAGAUGUCAUUAUCUCCAAUUAGAAAUAGACCUGGAUCUAGAGAUGCUACUCCUAUUAAGAUAUCGCUGCCCGUAGCCCAACCAAAUCAAAGACUAAAACAGCGAUUGGAAUCGAAAAGGCAACGGCCUAGUGGACGUGAUCGCUACGGUAGACCUGAAUAUGACUAUGACGAUGAGGAUGACAUGGAUGACUUUAUUGAAGAUGAUGAAGAGGAUUCUGAAGUUCAUAGAAGAAUGAAGCUGCAUCGUGAUGAUCCCGGUUAUGAUAGAGAUGAAAUCUGGGCAAUGUUUAACAAAGGUAGGAAAAGGUCCGAAUACGCUUAUGAUGAGGAGGAAGAUGAUAUGGAAGCGAAUGAAAUGGAAAUAUUAGAAGAAGAAGAACGUGCAGAAGAAAUGGCUAGACUUGAGGAUAAGCGUGAGGCAGCAUGGCUGAAGAAACAUGAGGAGGAGAAACGACGUAAGCUGAAAAAAUGA